AUGGCACAGUCUUCACUAGCUAAACAAGAACUGAAAGCCAAAAAGCUUUCUUGUAUAUUUCAAGAUUCAGUUCUUAAGUACAGUGAUCUAAAAUUAAAAGCAUGUAAGACAAAGAGAUCACAAUAUUGGAGACACACUA